AUGUCUCAGGAUGGGAUGGAGUCUGAGCGAUGCGUGGAAUCGUGUCUCGGCUUGCUACCAGAUCGUCUUGACCCAGGUGUCCUGCGCAUGUGGGUAUACUUCAUCGGGACGUCAACCAGCGACACCAUAUUAUUUCUGGUUUUUCCCAUCAUAUUCCACACGAUCACCUUCUGGAUAAUGGGUCUGGCUGCAACAGCAACGAAGUUCUUCGCUUCUUUAGGCGUACUGCUACUUUCGGUUUUAUCUCUCCAGUCAUACGGCUACUUCAUAUCGGCAAUAGUGACCGAUGUAAGUAUUCUUGACGCCUUCUUCGCAAAGAAGCAGGAUUGCACGACAUGCCCUGAAGUUCGUUUCAGGCAAGGGCGUGUUGCUAAGGAGGUCGUCGCACUUGCCGUGACGCAAGUAGCCCAAGUUGUCCUAGCCCUGUUUUCUGGAUUCAUGACGCAGAUCGACCAGCUGAACCCAUUCUUACAGGUUGUUGCGGCAUUAUCUCCAUUUAAGUAUGCCCUCUCGGCAUUUUGCUUGGUAAUUUUUGAGAACGAGUUCUUCAUUGGUGAAGGUGGAGAGCGAGUUUCUGGAGACGACUUCCUCAAGGGGACGUUCGGAAUUAGAAGAGAAACAUGCGCUUCAGAUUUAGGGGCGCUUGCUGCACUUAUCGUUGUGGUUGCUUAUUUUAUGCACCCUCGAAAGGAAGUGCUAGAGGUGCUUGGCGACACAAAGUGGGAUGGGCAACAGCUCACUCCAUCAAAGACAGCAGCGUAUUCUGGCUAA